AUGGCUCAUAUUGUUAGCUGUAUGCUGGACUCCGACUCCGAGGAUUUCAUCCUUUGCCUCAACAAUUACAUAGCAAAGGAAGUCUCUCCACAAUCAUCCAAUGAAUCGCUAGGUCGAGCUUCGCCGUCAGGGGAGAAACCGUUUACUUGGAGGAUGUACCACCCAGAAAAAAGAUAUCAGCAGUGCUCCAAGGACACGCAGUCGACAGUCUCUGAGAAGUCGGUCGACCCAGAGCAAUCCUCUGUUCUGAAUAUGGGACCAAACAGCGAGACCAAUGGAAAGUCGAAUGCUGGAUCUGGUUUGAGGAUACAGGUCAAGGAGCAUAACCUUACUCGCAGGCGGAAAGUGAGCGUGCCUGAACUUGGCCCAAUGACGACCGUCCAAGAGGCAGCCAUGGAUUCCCCCACCAUUCCCGGCCGUCCGGCUCUCCAUGAACGUUCUAUUAGUGCCCCAGGCCUUCCAUCAAGGCCUAAUCAGUCUAAGGGAGCACUCAAGGAUCGAGUGCCUAUUGAGCGAGCGCAGCCUGAUGCCGCCCGCCAGUGUAUUAAUCGAAGCCAGCGAGUUCAGAACGAGGCUAGACAACCUUUGUCGCCCAGGAAUCUCACUCCUCUUGUGAUUCCGACGCUCAGCUCUGCCACUCAAAGACUCCAUCAGAAGACAUCAUGUAGUCGUCUCCGAGCAGGUACCACGCCGGUAGACUCCACGAUUCGAUCGGCAAGAUUCGAAGAUUCUCCUAAAGCGCGGACGCCGUUCACGCCCCUUUCAGCUAUUUCAAGCACCCCGAGAUCUGCAGCAACAAGUGCCGGGACUGCUUCCACACUGCCAACGCCUAUAUCAGCACCCACCGACAUCAGAUCUUCGCUGAUGCCAUGGGAUAAGGUUGACAACCAUGUGCCAAAAAGCUCCAUUGAAUGCACACCUGGGUUCCCGUCAGCACUCGGGCCAGGCAUCGCUGAUAGCCCUCAGAGUAUCUCGAACAUCGGGCACAAGAGGAGCCACUCGGAAACGGGAAGCAUUAUGGAACGGGGCCGACCACGGAAAAGGAGUGAGACAUGCGGGGCUACCGUCUUGAAAAGGUCAUGCUCCAAGAGGAGUAAGAGCGCGGAACGGCGCGCAUUUGAACAAUUGCCAAAGGGGUGGAAGGCCAGCGAUGCGGUCAAAAUGCUCAAGCCUAGCGAAACUGCUGCUCUACAGAAGCAGGCCCUUCAACAAGCUGCUAGAUUCGAGGUACUGCGGAAGGAAGACGUCGAUAACCUCUCUAAGGAGCUACGGCAGCUAGACGAACGGACUGAAUAUCUUAGACGCACCUACACAUCCCUCCGCGCUGGUAGACGUAACCUACAUGCUCGGAUAUGCCAAUACCUCCGAUCCCCUCGCACAGCCAAGUUCAGCCACGAGUCCAUGUUGAAGCAAGAAGAGGCUCUCGCAGAGCUAGACGCUUCAAUAGACGACUGGAUAACCAAGCUCGAUCAAGCCGAGAAUCGCCGCACUCGAGUUCGGCAAAAGCUUCUUGAGCACGUCGCUGCCGCCACCACACUCUCCAUGUCCACCGGGUCUGUGGCUGGCGUAAGCGAGAGUCUGCAGUGCGCCAUGGGUGUCCGCUCCUUGGGCUCUACGAAUGGCGCCGGUAACAUCUCCACGCCCCCCCGCAGCCCAACGAAGAUGUCCUUUUCCUCUCACAUCAUUUCCGCGUUUGCGUCAUCUUCGCCGCCGCGAGUGGUUGCUCACGUGCCUUCCACCAUCAUGGAACAACCAUUCUUCGAAGAGGAAGAAGCUGCGAGCGAAGAGCAAGGCGCCAGUUCUCGGCGUGCUGAAACCAUUAUGGUCUUUGCAGGCAGCGAUGUCUCUGCCCUCUUGGCUGAUGUGGAAAAUGCGCUCACCCAGAUGGGUGGCGAUGGUGUCCCUGCUGAUAGGGAAAAGCGGCAUACAGUUAAGGUCGAGGUUUAUUCUCCGGUCAAAAAGGAACAUCCAGUAAAGAAGGAUGAGCCUGCAGUCAAAAAAGAGGCGCCUCCACCUCCGCCUCCGUCAGACAGCCGGCGGAAACACAUACAUCGCACAAUGAGCAUCGAUAUGCUCAACGGGCUUCGUAGUAAGCCUUCACUUGCCAUCAAUACCGCUGAGAAGUCCAUUCAGAGCUGCAAGGGUGGCACCAACAGCAGCAACAAUAACAUAACGUGUCAGUCGGCUACUACAGCACGCGUCGUUAAUAGCGAGGAGAUAUUCCUCACUAAUGCUAUCUUCAGGCCGCCACAGAAGUAG